AUGAAGAAGCGGGGGCCUCAGCGGAUGGGAGGGUUUGGAGCAAAGCUCGACGGUGAUGUCACAGUACGGCGUUUUGUGGCACCACAGUUGCGCACAACUACCGCCAUACGUCGUGGGGAGAUGCUGGAGCCGAUUGGGGAGGUGGCAAUGCGUGUUGGCGUGGAUGCGGCAACGGUUGAGGGAUUGGUGGAUGCACAAGGCCUUGCACUUUUUGGUAAAUUGCAGCAUGGAGCGGAGGUGUUUCUUGCAGGAGCCGUGGCUGAGAGAAGCGAUAAACAUAACAGCAACUGCGAUGAUAGCGGUGGGAUGCUCUCCUUGCAACCCCCAGAUGCAUCGGUGAUUUGGGCGUACGAUUCACGCAUGUUGCUCCAUGUGCCGCCUAUUGAUCGUAUACCAGAGACGCCAUAUCGCUUGCAGCGGGCUAUUGAGUUGUUAAGGUCAGCGCCACGCGCUGGCGAGUUGUUGCCAGAAGAACUACUUUGCCCUUAUCAGGGCAAAGUUGACACAAUGACGGGAGCCACUCGGGGAGAUGUUAAUCAUACUUCUCUGAGUGGUGUGAUUCCACCUUCGUACUGGCUUCCACCCCGGCUGGCAACACUUGAGGAAAUUGCGUUAUGUCACAAUGUCUCACGGUAUCGUGAAUUUGUCGAGCAGGGCACCGCAUUGCCACCGCCACUCAAAAGUGAUGUAUACUGUAACGAUAUGACAAGCAGUGUAGCCACUCGCCUUGCCGUCGGGGCCGUUAUUGACGCGGCGCGUCGCGCACUUUCUGGAGCGCCCUCAUUUGCUUUUUGUCUAGUGCGUCCCCCAGGCCACCAUUGCACAUCGGACACACCAGGCGGUUUCUGUCUUGCCAACAACGUCGCCAUUGCGGCGCGUCAGCUGCUAAAGGAUUGGCGUGACAAUAACAACGGAUCCGGUGGUAGUGACGGUGGGCCGCCUCCACGCAUAGCGAUAGUUGACCUUGACGUACAACACGGUGAGGGAACACAGUCCUUUGUGGAGGAAGAGCCGCCACCGCACGGCGGGACUUCCGUCUCGCCUCUUUUGUAUCUCUCGCUGCAUCGUUACGACCAUGGCAACUUUUACCCCUAUGACCCUCGCGGCGACACCGCUUAUAUAGGGCGUUACCGCAAUGUGUGUAACGUUGCUGUUCACACCGCGGCCAAUGAUCCAGCGUGCUGCGAGGAGGUUGUGAGUGAUGCCGUGUUUGAGCGUGUGGUGGACGAUAUCUUUGUUCCACGCUUGAAACGCUUCUCUCCGGACGUUGUACUGCUUUCAUUGGGGUUUGACGCUGCCCACGGCGACCCACUGGGAAGAAUGGCCGUUGAAGGCGGAUUUACGUACGCAGUGCGAGCACUGAAGCAGUUUUGCCGAACGCAACAACAAUCAUCACGGGGGUUGCAUGCCGGUCUUGUUGUCGUCCUAGAGGGCGGUUACUCACCGGAGGCUGUGGCCCAGGGCGUUGUUGCUGUUGCCCACGCGCUUCGAUAUCCGGCCAAUGACGCGGAAGUGGUGCGAUACGCGGCGCGUCAAUUGCCAAAGACGUGGCAGGAGCUUCGCCGCCGUAUGGCACGUCAACAGUACGAAAUGGAAAGGCAACAACAAGAGGUGGAGGGGGAUGAAGGAAAUGCCGAGGCGUCAUAUGAACCAGUGCCAGUUUCUCCCACACAGGGCACUGGGGCGAUCAUCUCGCUGCCGGAGGAUGAUGUCCUCUUAGAGAGACAUGAGAGAUGGUGCGAUCGGCUUAUUUCCCGUGUGUUGGCCAUACACGAGGAGUCGAACAAAAGGCAAUAA